GGUGACCAGCCCGGUGACCUUGAGCGGGGCGGGAGUUGGAACGCUCAGGUUUCUCCCCGUUCCGACACCGCCUGGGCCUAGCUCAAGGUCACGAGUGCUCGCCCGGCGGCUGGAGGUGGAAGGGGCCGCUCACCGCAGCCAGCGCGGACGGCCCAGGAGCGGGCCCUGACUUGUCGCCACGGCCGAGCGCUAAGCUUCUAGACCGCGGCCGGCGGAGCUACGGGGUCCCGGAAGGUUCCGGCGCUUUUCCGGAAGACUUCUCCCGCAGCCAAUCAGCGUUGAGACUUUCACCGGAAGGAGGUGUCUCCCGGAGCAACCAACCGGCCCACGGCCUUGAGUUCGGUGGCGGGAAAGGCCAUGAGUAAAAGCCGGGCCGAGGCUGCUGCCGGAGCCCCCGGGAUCAUCCUGAGGUACCUGCAGGAACAAAACCGGCCCUACAGCGCCCAGGACGUGUUCGGAAACCUGCAGAAGGAGCAUGGACUGGGCAAGGCGGCGGUGGUGAAGGCUCUGGAUCAGCUGGCCCAGCAAGGCAAGAUCAAAGAGAAGACGUAUGGCAAGCAGAAAAUUUAUUUUGCCGAUCAGGACCAGUUUGACACAGUGAAUGAUGCUGACCUCCACAGCCUGGAUGCCAAAAUUGUGGCCCUCACUGCCAAGGUGCAGAGCCUACAGCAGAGCUGCCGCCACAUGGAGGCUGAGCUGAAGGAAUUAACAAGUGCGCUGACCACUCCGGAGAUGCAGAAAGAGAUCCAGGAGUUAAAGAAGGAGUGUGCGCACUAUACAGAGAGACUGGGGAACAUCAAAGCAGCCACCAACCACGUCACGCCGGAAGAGAAAGAGAAGGUGUACAAAGAAAGGCAGAAGUAUUGUAAAGAGUGGAGGAAGCGGAAGAGAAUGACCACCGAGCUGUGUGAUGCGAUCCUCGAAGGAUACCCCAAGAGCAAGAAACAGUUCUUUGAGGAAGUUGGGAUAGAGACAGAUGAAGAUCAUAAUGUCAGGCUCCCAGACCCCUGAGGGCCCUUGGGGCCUAGGAGCAGAUGUCCUGGGCUGGCUGCCUUGUUGAGGAGGCCUCCUAACUGUUGUCGCUGCUCUCCACCGUGAGUGGGAGGGAGGGAAGUACAGAGCUGGUGAUCAGAAAGAGAUGGUCAUGUCCGUUUUGUUGUCCAUGUCACAAAGGCCUCCACAAGGACUUCACAACCUUCAAGGAAAGUAUCUGGAAUAUUUAUUGUAAUAUAAUUUGAUAUAAAAAUACUUAAUUUC